AUGCCAGUGAUCAUGAAUACUUUUGAUGAUGUCUGGAUUCUAGUAUUGUCUGUUGUGUCAGCCAUGGCUAAUGUCAGUUCUCUAGAAGUUUCAACAUCUUGUGAUUCUCAAGGAUUCCCAGGACUCCAAGGACCCCCAGGUCCACCAGGGCCACGUGGCCAUACGGGAAUCCCUGGCUUUCCUGGCCUACCAGGUCUACAAGGGUCUCCUGGAGCCAUCGAGGAUUGCCCUCACCCACCAAAAUCUGCCUUUGCAGUGAAGCUGAAUGAUCCCUUCCCAGGUACCUCCCAACCCAUUGUCUUCAAGGACAUCCUCCAUAACCAUCAGAAUCACUUCAAUGUAACCACAGGGGUUUUCACCUGCAUAAACCCUGGUGUGUAUAAUUUUGGCUUUGAUAUUGAGUUGUUCCAGCAUGCUGUGAAGUUGGGGCUCAUGAAGAAUGGCAUCCAAGUCCUUGAGAAGGAAGCAAGGGCCAAGAACAGUUAUAGGCAUGUUUCUGAAAGUGCCAUCUUGCAGCUGAUGAUAGGAGACAAGAUCUGGCUGGAAUCCAAGUUAGACACAGCAGAGACAGAGAAAGGUGUGAUUCAAAGUAUGUUCUUUGGGUAUUUACUCUAUGGAAAUCAUACUGACUAG